GGUCCCUGUUCGGGCGCCAAACACGUUCACGUUCAUUAAAACUCAGUUUUUAAAAAGAAAUUUUAUUUGCAAAAAUACAUGUUAACACAUCAGGUGUAUGAAGUAGAGGCAAGAACUGAUAAUCAGAAGGAGGGUCAUAUAGAAGUUGUACUGAAACAGUUCGUUCAAGGACUGGGCAACAAAGGUGAAGUCGUAUCUGUAAAAAGGAGUGUGGCUUACAAUGAUCUGUUAAUGCCAGGCAUUGCAAUGUACGCAACAGAAGACGAAAAACAAAAAGCAGUUUUGUACAGGGAAACUAGAAAAACUGACGAAGAAGACUACAGCAGUGUAUUUGUUACGAGGACUGUGGCAAUUCUUUCGAAAGCAGUAUAUGGAAUUACCAUGAAUUUGGAGAACAAGUGGGUUUUGGAGCCAUGGCACGUAAGGUCAGCUCUUCGAAGAUGUGGAACUCAUAUACUCGACGAAUCGUGUAUCGAAAUGCCGAAGACUAAAAUUGAAGGACCUGAUAUGAAUCUGGAAGGGAAAGAGUUUUUUGUCACCAUCACAAUUAAUAAUAAGGAAAAGGUAAAAACCAGACUUAGAAUACACCACUGGAGUACGGAUAUUUGUGACAGACUUCCACAGCAGCCUUAUCACUGGACAAAACGAGCUGAAGCACUUUUUCCUGAACAAAAAGAAGAACUUGAUGCUUUACCUCUUCCUCUACCUCCAAAAAAAGAAGAAGAAGAAUGCUAGUUGUGUAUGAGUUUUGUAGUUAGCCUGUUGCAUUUGAAAUUAAAUUAUUUGUAUACCAUCA